AUGGCCAUCUACAGUGCAGUUCCUCCGCCAGAGGAACACACCAACAUUCCUGUCCAUUUGCAGUCGCCGUCCACGCCUGUCACAAAUGGCGCCAUCGAUAUUGAUGCAUGGACCGUAUCUGCACUGCAAUCUUUGAGCGUGUCCCCAGUUGCGCGUGGGACUGGUACUCCGUUGUCUAUCCCACUGGACAAUGAAGCAACCACACAGAAGCAGACGCGUGUCGUUGCAUUCAACGAGGCUGGAGGUGAAAAUGCGCUCCCACGUCGACCCCCCUCGAGGCGCGACAGCAUGAAGCGCCGAGAUGAAUUGCUCAAGGGUAAGGAAGGGAGUCGCCAGCGUCGGCGAUGGGAAAAUGACCGGCUCGUUGGUGUUCCCAACGUCCAGCCACCGGCGGCUGCAGAUUGGGAGGUUCGGCCGACGCAUCCAGUUCAACGUGUUCCGUAUCAGCUCGCCCACUUCUGGGACCGAGGCGUCCGACAGAGAGUUGAAGAGAAGACAACCAAGCUUCAAGCCGUUCGUAAGAAGCAACAACUCAAAACGGGAAGUGCUACCGGUCUGGGCGUUGGUGAAGUCCCUCGAGACCUACGGGAGAUGGCGAAACGCACUCCGGCCAUCCGCAGUUGGGUCCACGCAAUAGAGGAUCCUGUCCGGCAGUUCCUUUUCGAGGAGCAGGACCGGCGUUUGGAGUCGGCACGACGACAGCGCGGAAGCGAUGAAAUAUCUAAUGAAUCUGAGCUGGACUCGGACGACGAGGAAAUUGUCUUUGUAGGCAGAGAAAGUGCAAUGCGAGAGUUGCGCGAGAAGAAGGAGGCUCGGCAUCGCAGGGCCCAGAGGACAGUUCCCCAGGAGCAAGUUGAUUCUGGCCUUGUAUUUGACUCCUUUGGCGAGGGCGAAAGUGCGGCUUUCAAGCGCUGGCUGGCCCAUGCCAUAUCUGAUUACUAUGGCCUUGCAUCAACGUCCAUGACCCCAACCAACACAUCAUGUCGAGUCACCCAAUUUGGACAUAUCAUAGAAAACAGGCGCUUUCGCAAGCGCAGCCUAUUUGUAGGACUGACAGAAGCGUCGGCGGCCAAGCCUACCGAGUCAGCAGCGUUGAGAAUAGACAUUCAUUACCAUCAAGUCGCCGAUUUAUGGGCCAUGACCAGUGCAUUUUGCGUAAAUGGAACACGGCUCAUGCUCAAGGGCGGAGGUGAUACCGUCUUGGCUUUGAUCUGA